UGUACAUGUACUGUAUGUACAUGUAGUUGUUCACUUGUUUAACUGAAGAAACUACAGUAUGGAUCUCUUAACGGAAUAUGAUGUUGGAGUAAAAGUGAUCUCUGGUGAAGUCUGCUUGCAGUUAUUCCGCCGUACAAACCAGCAGCCGAUUUCACGAAACGCUAGGAUUUAUCCUAUCUCAAGUUAGGAUCUUGUCCUAACUUAGGAUGGGUUCAAUGCGUCCUAACGUCUAUGGUAGCAGAACUGAACCGUCCUAAAGAUUAUUCUUAAGUUGAGACGAGUUUGGUGAAAUCGACGGCAGGCAGUUGUAGGGUUUUGUAUGAUCAGAUAGUUAUCAUGCUAACUGUUUUGAAGGGAUGCAUAUAUUUUAAAAGAAGAAGAUUCAAAGACGUGUUCUGUGGAAUUGAUUUUUGUGUAGGAAUGAGGCACAUUACGGGAGUGGAAGGCAGAAUCAUGGUGUGAGACCUAGACAAGGCAAGAGAACAGUUUGGCAGAAUUGCGCCCAAAGAAGCCGUCGUCAGAUAUAUUGCAGAAAUCCUUGGGGUUCUUUUGAUUCCGAAUCUUCCUUCGUCACCUCCAGACGUGGAGGCAUUACGGUUAUACCUUCUGUUGAUAGAGUCGCCAGUCUUUACGGAUCCUUCACCGGAACGCUAUGGAACGCUGGUUGUCCAGUUUGCUGAAGCCCUGUGUAGCCUUAAAACUGCUGGUGCUAAUGUUAUAUCGCAAUGGUGGUCGACGUUACAGCCCCGUCAUCUGAAUCGAAUCCUGACAACCUACAAGUUGUGUAUGAUGGGACAGCUCAGUAUGACGCCCAAGGUAGCAGAUCGCCCUACCCUCAGACGGAACAUCAAGACCUGCCUAGAAGUCCUGAGCAAACUCUGCAAGAUGAACAGCCAAAAUAAUGAAAUACUUCCAUAUUACCUUUUCUACAUUAAUGAGUUAACGGAGAACGUUGGAAUCAGGGAGCACUUCUUAGAAUGGCUGCAAAGACCCAGCGGGAUGCAGUGCCGAGAUGUCAACUUCUGUGACUAUCCGUUUGUCCUGGAUGCAAAUGCAAAGACACAGCUACUCAAGGAGGAUGCUAUACUACAAAUGCAGAGUGCCAUUGAAGACGUCCAGCGGAGGAACUUCAGCGUUGAGUAUUUUUUCGAUCCCAUCAAUCCGUACCUCGUACUGAAAAUCGAUCGGAAGAACAUCGUGCAGAGUGCGUUGACUGAGCUGUCACGGCAGGGCAGUAUGGACAUCAAGAAACCAUUGAUGGUGACGUUCCUUGGAGAGGAGGCCGUGGAUGCUGGAGGACUCAAAAAGGAGUUCUUUAUGCUGAUACUCCGUGAGAUACUAUCACCUAAGUUUGGAAUGUUCCGCCACUAUGAGGGGUUGCAGACGAUAUGGUUCAACAAUAAGAGCUUUGAAGAUGGAGAGAUGUUUUGCCUGGUCGGAGUCAUCGUUGGUUUAGCCAUCUAUAACCUCACCAUUAUAUCGCUGCCAUUUCCACUGGCGCUGUACAAGAAACUACUGAAAAGGCCAGCCCACACCCUUGAAGACUUGAAGCAGCUUGACUCCCUCGUAGCCGGCAAUCUCCAGAAGCUUCUUGAUAUGGAGGAGGCAGAGGAUGUUCUUGACCUUGGCUUGACCUUUCAGAUCGCGACGGAGAACUUUGGGGAGGUGGAGACAACUGAGCUCAAACCGGGCGGGGCUGAAGUGGAUGUCACUUUGGAAAACAAGCAAGAGUACGUUGAUCGAUAUGUUGACUUUGUCCUGAACACUUCGGUGGAGAAGCAAUACUCAUUUUUCAGCAAGGGUUUUCUGCAUGUCUGCGGAGGGCGUGUCUUCAACUUGUUCCACCCUCAGGAGCUGAUGGACAUGGUGAUCGGUGACGAACACUACGACUGGGAUGAAUUUGAGCAGAGUGUUGAAUACAAGGGGGAAUACUACCGGAAACAUCCAACAAUCAAGAUAUUCUGGGAAGUCUUCCGAGAGUUAGUUCUGGAGCAGAAAAAGAAGUUUCUUGUAUUCCUAACUGGGACAGAUCGAGUCCCCAUUCAGGGAAUGAAGACGUUGCGAGCCUACAUCCAGCCAGUCCGGAGCGGAGAUGACUUCCUCCCAGUCGCACACACCUGCUUCAACCUCCUGGAUCUUCCAAUCUACAAAACCAAAGACAAGCUGAGGGACAAACUCCUUACCGCUAUCGAGCACACCGAGGGGUUUGCGCUGGUCUGAUGCAAGGUUUUAUAGUAUGGGUCACGAUCGUCGCCAUCUUUGAGGUGAAUCAAAGGUUCAAAGUUCAAAGUUCAAGGAUAUACAUGCAACACAUUUAAAGGAUUGUAUCAUUUUGGCUGGGUUUAAGAAUGGGUUACGGUUGACGUCAUCUUGGAGGUGAAUCAAAGGUUCAAAGUUCAAAGACAUACAUGCAAUACAUUUAAUUGAUUGUAUCAUUGUGGCUAGAUUUAGAAUAGGUCACGACCGUCGCCAUCUUUGAUAAGAAUCGAAGGUUCAAAGUUCAAGGAUAUACAGGCAACGCAUUUUAGAUCAAAAGCUCAGAGCUGAAAUGAGAAUUCGGUGUGUGUUGAGAUUGAUUGGCGAAGAGAAAUUACUCGAGGGUGAUCAGAAAGAAGAACACGAAACAUCAAAGGCUUCAUACGGUUUGCCUCGUUGUUUCUGGCAGUGGCUGCUGAAUGCGCCACAGCACCUUGUAAAACACUUACAAGGUGGGAUGGAUACAAGAAGACAAAAUACAGCCAGUCAAUAUAAGACAAAACUGUAAUUUGUUAUGCAAGGAAAUUCGCUGUUGAAAGUGCCCACAUAAUGUGGUAAAAAUAUGGGCAAUGACAGUUACACGUAUGCCCCGGUGUUUCUGGCAGUAGCUACUGAAUGCUUUGCAGCACCAUGUACAUGUAAAACAUUACAAGGUGUUACAAAUUGUUAAGGUUAUUUAAAUGAUAGAAAACAACAUAGAUGUACAGCCUGUAAAAUUUAAGAAAUAAAUGUUAUUUGGUAUGCAAGGAAAUUCUUCAUUGAAAGCGCCCCCACAAGGUAAAAAAAAAAACAAUCAAAUUAUAGGGACACUAUUGGUAAUUGUCAAAGGCAAG